AUGAGUGAGGGGAUGUGCGUCGAUCUGACGGGGGAUUCAGGAGACGAGGAGGAGGGCAGCGUGGCGAAUGGGGGGGGCCCCCCGGGGGCCCCUCGCCAUCCGCGAGAGAUCGCGUCUGCGUCUGGAUUCGAUGAGGACGGUGAAGAAUCGGAAAACGAGGCAGCAGAGGAGGAGGAGGCGGGGUAUGUGCGAACAGCGCUGCGCAGGGGGCAGGGGGAUGAGGAAGGCGAGGAGGAUGCUGAGGAGGAAGAAGGGGGUGGAAAUCUCGAUUCCGAAGAUGCUACCACUGAUGAGAAGGGAGGAAGGGGGGAGGGAGAAGGAGCAGAAUCAACGCGCACAGACAGAAAAGGAGCGGAGGAAGGAGAAGUCGAGGAAGGUCUGAGCGAGGCAGAAGAAGGAGGAGCAGCGGCGAAGGAUGGCUUUGACGAGGCAGAGGUGGACGCAGAAGCUCAGAAUGAGGAAGAGAACGAUUUUGAUUCCAAGGCAUCGAAGCCAAGGGGACGGGCGGUGUUGGAAAAGGGGGAGAGCCAUCUGGAAGGGGGGAGAUCUUUGGCGAACGAGCAUGCGGAUCGGAGCGUCACAGCCUCAGCCGGAGAAGGGGAGACUUCGAGCCAGCAGGGAGAGCAGAAGGAAGCGCUUGGCGGAUUGCUAGCCGAGAGAGGCGUCGAUGGCAGCAGCCACCACGAUCAUGUCUCAGAGUCAUCAGCAACGACAGGUCGCACCAGCAACAGCAGCAGCAGAAGCAGUAACAAGACUACGGGGGAUAGCGAAAGUGGAAGCUCUUCGUCCUUUUCCCAGGAGUCGUGUGAAAAGCAGCGUCAAGUGCAACAGCGGGAUCUAAGCAGCAGGCAAGCCACGGAUCAGGCAGUGAGCGAUGACGCGAGCGAUGCAUGCAGCUCUGUGCAGAAAAAUCAGAUGCAGCAGAUGCAGCAGAUGCAGUUGCUAGCAGCCGAAGAGCGUCCACGCGAAGUUGAGUGUUUUUCGUUUCUUCCAAGCAUCACAAUGGCAGAAGUGGCAGCUGCCCGCGCAGACGUUGCAGAGAGCCUCGCUGCAGCAUCUGAAAACACGCAAGAAUCGCAUGUUUCUCCUGGCUGCCUAGAGGCCCCUCCAGAUGACGCCAUACAGAGAGUCUCUGCCGCCUUUACGCAAGCGCUCGCGGGAGAAAAACAAGACUUCACAAGGUGCAAAGAAGCAAAAAAAAUGUAG